UAUACAAUGAUGUAUAGGAAAGCUAGGGGAAUUACUGAGCUUAGCCAAAUCGCAAAGGUUUGAAAUGAGCGAGUGUGAUCCAGUAAUUCCACUCUGCGUUUUUCUUUUCCUCCAAUGAUCAUGGUGAUAAGGAGAGGAGCGUCUUUAUGACACCAACAUUGCUUAAUGUUUAUGGAUGGUUACGUUCACUGGCACGGCUAAGCUACAGAAGAUAAUUCUAUUAAUCGACUAUAUGUUUUGCGUAGCGAGCCAUCAUCAGAUUACAGGCCUAUCCAUAUGAUGUAGGCAACCCUUAACAACCUCAACUAUGCCCCUUUUUACGGAAUAUAGCCACUGGUUGUGAAUUCAACAGCAGCAGCAGGGGAUAACAAAGGAAAACAUUAAACUAAUUCAACGGAUACAGUUGCGUAUGCAUGGAUUAACGGAGACGAGAGUUUAGCGGCGACAUUAUAGAGAGAUGGAACACCAUUUGUGAGGGCGAGAGACGACCAGUAGCAACCGAUGCUGAGAGAGAACAACAUCAUCCGGGAGUGUUACCUCCGAGAGAGCGCUGUUUUACUUUCAUCAGAGAUCUGGCUCAUGACCAACGGUCAGGCAUGGGCUGCGCUCCUAGCAUCCACGUCUCACAGAGCGGCGUGAUCUACUGCCGAGACUCAGACGAGUCCAACUCUCCGCACCAGACAACCACCAUCUCGCAGGGCACUGCGACCACACUGCAUGGGCUGUUCAUCAAGACAGAUGCGGCGGACACCAUCCCCUCUGUAAUCACCUAUCAGAGCAGGCACUCCCGGAACAACUCUCACCGAGAGAGAAGAGAGAACAGCGGUGGACACAUCUGCAUCGAGGCCGAGACCCAGACCAGUCACACCAGUGUCAAGGUUUCAGCUACAGAAGAAUGCAUAGGACCUAUGAGACUGACCCAAGAACCGAUACAGGUCCUGCUUGUGUUUGCAAAGGAAGAUGGUCAGAGUGAUGCAUUCUGGUGGGCGUGUGACCGUGCAGGAUUCAGGUGUAACAUUGCCCGAACACCUGAGUCCGCUAUUGAGUGUUUCCUGGACAAGAGCCAUGAGAUUGUGGUCAUCGAUGGACGCCACUCACGAUACUUUGAGCCAGAGGCUGUCUGCCGGUUGAUACGUGCCACUAAGCCCUCAGAACACACAGUCAUCAUGGCCGUCGUACCAGAGACGCCUUCAGAUCAGGAGGAGCAGUCUGUUCUUCCUCUCCUUUGCGCCGGGUUCAGUAGAAGGUAUACAGAAAACAGUAGUGUUUCUGCCUGCUAUAAUGAGUUACUCCAGGUAGAACAUGGAGAGGUGCGCUGCCAGUUCAAACUCAGGGCGUGUAACUCCGUCUUCACAGCUCUGGACCACUGUCAGGAGGCUGUGGAAAUCACCAGUGAAGACCAUGUCAUACAGUACGUGAACCCAGCAUUUGAGCGAAUGAUGGGUUACCAUAAAGGAGAGUUGAUAGGGAAAGAGCUGACGGAACUCCCCAAGAGUGAUAAGAACCGAGCAGACCUUCUAGACACUAUCAACACCUGCAUUAAGAAAGGAAAGGAGUGGCAGGGCAUCUACUAUGCCAGGAAGAAGUCAGGAGACAGCAUACAACAGCAUGUCAAGAUCACGCCUGUUAUUGGCCAGGGAGGGAAAAUACGCCAUUUUGUGUCCAUCAAGAGACCCCACAGUGACAACAACAAACAGGUCCAUAAGAUCAACAGAGAUGGAGAACACUCCCUGUCAGAGAGCCAUUCCCUGCGUCACAGAGACAGGAGGAAAGAGUCGGUCGACGCCAGGUCAGUCAGCUCACGUGGCAGUGAUGCUCCCACUCUGCAGAACCGCAGGUACUCCUCUGUUGCCAGGAUCCACUCUAUGACUAUAGAGGCUCCCAUCACCAAGGUGAUCAACAUCAUCAAUGCGGCCCAGGAGUCCAGUCCGGUGUCGGUAGCAGAGGCACUGGACAGGGUCCUGGAGAUCCUGAGGACCACAGAGCUGUACUCCCCUCAGCUGGCCUCCAAGGAGGACGACCCCCACACCAACGAUCUCGUAGGAGGGCUCAUGAGUGAUGGCUUACGCAGACUUUCUGGAAACGAGUAUGUCUUCUCCAAAAGUACUUUUCCAAAUAUGAGCCAGAGUCAACUGGCCAUCCCGGUAACGCUGAAUGAUAUCCCACCUGCCAUUGCUGAGCUGCUGGAUGAUGAGGACCAAUGGGAGUUUAACAUCCUAGAACUGGAGGCUGCCACCUGCAAGAGACCUCUGACCUACCUGGGCUUGAAGAUAUUUGCUGGGUUUGGUGUGUGUGAGUUCCUGAGCUGCAGUGAGGUGACACUGCGCUCCUGGCUCCAGGUCAUCGAGGCCAACUACCAUGCCUCCAACUCCUACCACAACUCCACCCAUGCUGCUGAUGUCCUACAUGCUACAGCCUACUUUCUACGCAAGGAGAGGGUCAAGGGCAGUCUGGACCAGCUGGAUGAGGUGGCUGCAUUAAUCGCUGCGACGGUGCAUGACGUGGACCAUCCGGGGAGGACCAACAGCUUCCUGUGCAACGCUGGAAGUGAGCUGGCGAUCCUGUACAAUGACACGGCCGUGUUAGAGAGUCACCAUGCUGCCCUCGCCUUCCAACUCACUGUCAGAGACAGCAAGAGCAACAUCUUCAAGAACAUGGACAGGCCUCAGUUCCGGACAUUGAGGCAGGCGAUCAUAGACAUGGUGCUGGCUACAGAGAUGACCCGACAUUUUGAACACGUCAACAAGUUUGCCAACAGCAUCAACAAACCAAUGGCUGCCAGUGAGGAGUCCAGUUCUAAUAGUGAAGGCAGCGACAAUGAGGGACCAGCCGGCAUCCGGAACAGUCCAGAGAACAGGCUGUUGAUCAAGAGAAUGAUGAUUAAGUGCGCUGACGUGGCCAACCCCUGCCGACCCCUGGAGCUCUGCAUAGAGUGGGCUGGACGCAUCUCUGAGGAGUACUUUGCGCAGACUGACGAGGAGAAAAGACAGGGUCUGCCUGUGGUCAUGCCAGUGUUUGACAGAAACACCUGUAGUAUCCCAAAGUCCCAGAUCUCCUUCAUAGACUACUUCAUCACAGACAUGUUUGACGCCUGGGAUGCCUUUGCCAGUCUACCUGGCCUCAUGGAGCACCUGUCAGAGAACUACAAAUACUGGAAGGGUCUGGAUGACAUGAAGUGCAAGAGCCUGCGGCCACCCCCUCCUCCGUGACGCCUCAUCCCACCCUUACAUCCCUCCCCUCAUCCCACCCUCUCUCUGGGCACAGGGGACAGCGAAUGUAGCCUGGGUGCUGGUAUUAAGCCCCUCCCACUGUGAUUCAACCCAGCUCCACACACACUGAACUAUACUGGAGCCUGCAGGCCUCAGAGUCUGGAGCUUGGAGCCCUGAGAAAAGACUAGGAGACAGACAUACUAGCUGACUUGUGGACAGCCUAUUCCCCUGAAGGGUUCUGCAUCUGACCACAGCCCCAGCCCACACAUCUUUCCCAUCUUUGGUUACGUGUUGCUUCAAACUAAUUUAAUUCAGAGAAUCAUAAUGAUGCCAGAUGACAGAUUUAGCAUUGGGGGACUAUGUUCAAAAGUAGUGCACUGGAUGGGGAAUAGGUAGAUGUGCCCACUAAGAGUCAAUCAAGCCUCUUCCCUCUCUGGUUCUUUUUCUGCCUCUGAUCGCUUUCUCCAGCCCCCUGACAAUCUGUCCCAGCCUUAACGGUUGAUGACCAACAAGCUUCACACCAAUUGCACUUUAGCUGCUCAGACUUGGCACUCCCCUCUAUCUCAGUUUUUUCUGCUCUCUUCUCUCAGGCAAGUGUCUGUUGUGUUUCAAACUGCUGCUCCGUUUCAUACUGCUGCUCUGUCUCCUACUACUGCUCUGUUUUGUACUGCUGCUGUUUUGUACUGCUGCUCUGUUUUAUACUGCUGCUCUGUUUUAUACUGCUGCUCUGUUUUGUACUGCUGCUCUGUUUCGUACUGCUACAGUACUGUUUGAUACUGCUGUACUGUUUCAUACUGCUGCUCUGUUUCAUACUGCUACAGUAGUUUCAUACUGCUACAGUACUGUUUCAUACUGCUGAUCUGUUUCAUACUGCUGCACUGUUUCAUACUGCUACGGUACUGUUUCAUACUGCUGCUCUGUUUCAUACUGCUGCUCUGUUUCAUACUGCUACAGUGUUUCAUACUGCUACAAUACGGUUUCAUACUGCUACAGUACUGUUUCAUACUGCUGCACUGUUUCAUACUGCUGCUCUGUUUCAUACUGCUACAGUACGGUUUCAUAUUGCUUCUCUGUUUCAUACUGCGGCUUGGCUUUGUCUGUUUCUUCUGUAGCAGGUUGUAAAGCUGAGAUGGAGACCAAUACUUGAACUGAUGAACUCAUUAUAGUGUACGUACCACAACUAAAGGAGGGAUCAAAGAGACAUUUUAGACCUGUUCUGUUCACUCAAGCACAUGUGAAACAUGCACACACACACACUGUACUCACCCCCCCAAACAGCCAAAUUAAAGAGCUAACUCAGUUCUCCUUCUCUGGCCAGCCGGAGGUAUGAGGUAAUACUGAGAUCUGAUAAGCCCUGUUAGGCAGGGAGCCAUGCAGAGACGUGUGUGUACAUGCAUAUGUGUUUCGUGUGUGUUUCUGUGUAUGUUUGGCAGCAUCCCCAGAUCAGUCAAAGGUCUGUGUUCGCUCCAUACCUGGGACGGUUACAGUGCAGAGCCCAGCUGAGCUGACUGUAGUAAUAUAUCUCUCUAUGGGGAUCUGCUCAAAGAGAUCUGCUCAAAGAGCCAGGCCUUAUGGGCAGCAAGCCCACCACCAGGCUCCCCUCUGGGGCUUGAAUAGCUCUUACUCAGCCCCCUUUGGAACUCAGCUCCAGACAUGGCUCUUAAAAGGAAACGAUCAGUACCGGGGCUUAAUGAGAGCAGUUUUAAGACAGUAUUAGAAUAAAAAGCAACAAGUGAGGAGAAACAGCAACAGUAGGUUAGCGUUCUGUUUUAGACAGGCAUUAAAGGUAGUCUCGCUACAGUACUUUAAAGCAGGUCAAAGUUCAAGGGAAACAGAACAUCCAUUUGAACAUUAAAGACAACGUGUAGUGGGCACAGGCCUUCUGAAGGUAAUCCUUUCUUCAAAAAUGAAGGAAACUAAUUAUAUGAUCACAAAAUAAGCUACUCCAAAGCCCAGUUGGUUGAUUUCUAACAUUCCUUCUGUUCUCUAGUGUGCAUCAGUAGGAGUAAGUCCUUUUUGUCCCUCCUGUAUCCCCAUAGCAUGUUGGUUGUCCAUUUUAAAGUAGCAUGGCAGUGUGGUCUGAGCCGAGAUCCAUCUCACAGCAGCCUGAUGAAACCACUAUGGGAUAGACACAACAUAAAAGACCUAAAUGCCCCUGUGUAAUAUUAAUAUUAUCCAUAUUCAGUGUACUAUAUAUGUAGUGAGAGACUCAGGCACACUUAGCUCUUAGGGCUUGAACAGUUGCAUCUUAAAUGCACCAUUUUGCCAAUUGCAGUAUAAUUACUACUUUUACCAAAAACAAGUGCACUUUAUGGUGUCAUUUUGGAUUCAAACUUUCUUUAGAUUAAGUACCAUAAGGCUUGGUUCCAUUGGGUUUUCAAAACUGACUUUUCCUUUAAAACAUCUGAAAUGCAAUCAUGUCAACAAGCUGUCUUCUUGUUCCCGUCACAUGACUAUGUAGCAGUCUCCCUCUAGUGGUUGGCAGGCAGGUGCAAUAAUUUCCUUCUGCAGCAGCAGCAGCCGUACAUUACAGGCAGUCACCAGUGUUGUGAAUGGGUGCUAAGCUUGGAGUUCCAUGCGUGCAUGUGAAUUUAAUUUUAAGAACAAGAAAAAUACAUCUUGUGUACGUAUUUAACCAAAGGCACAAUGAUCAUCUUCAAGGUGCCUUAGUCUUCUCUCUCAAACGCAGUCCAGAGUUCAAAUCCUCAAUUAUUAUUUUUGUAACUUUGAAUCAAACGGUUUGUUGGGCUUCAUAUGAUACAUUAGGCUUAGUGAGCAGCUGAACAAAGCCACCAAACUAAGCAAUAGAAAUACCUUAGAAUUUCAAUCUGGCACUUAGACUUCGUUACAUUUCUUUGCUCUCGCUCAGUUCUCACGUUUCUUAUCUCCUCAUUCUGUUUGGUCAAAGCAUCUCUACAUUCAGACUGACAUUCCCUGGGUGCCUACAAGAGCCUGUUAGUAAAGAACAGUGAGAUUGACAUUGACUGUGUGCUAGUUUCAGAACACACAUUUAGAAAAACGCCUUAACCUCAUCCCAUUGCUCAUUUUGUCAAAGCUUUGCUAGAUUCACAGCUAUCUUCCACUAUGAAACUGCUGUAAACUACCUAGCUACGGGUGACAACAAUCCCAAUCUAGCCUCCCGUUGACUGUCCACAUCAAUCUAUUUUCUAUUGACGACUUUUUUCCCCCAGUUGUCAAGUAACUUUAUCAGAUCCAACCAAUGUCACCCACAUGUUUGCCCCCCACUCAAUAAAGACGUGUUUCUGCUGAGUCUGGAGCAUCAGUGAGAAUGUGCCAAUCGCUUAUUUUCUGUCAACUAAUAGAAACUCUGUAAGCAUUAAUGUACUGUAAAUAAGUUAUAUUUUUAAAGAGAAUUCUGAAUUGUUCAUCAUUAUUGGCUGUGAAAAGUCAAACGUAAAGUGUAAUAGAAAUAUUUUAUGUAUUUUUGAAAGAUUUGAUGGUUUGAUGCAUUAGCUUAAAUCUGCUCUGGUUGGAUUCUUCAGGGUUGAAUGGAUAUGAUUUCAUUUUUUUCUGGUCUCUGUCAGAGUAUGUCUUAAUUAGUUUUUCUUUGUCAAUACUUUUAAAAUGUAUUAGUGAGAAAUAAUAAAAGGAUUUCAAAAAAUUGUACACUUAACAAGAAUUUAAAUGCAACAUGUAAAGUGAAAUAAAUAAAAGAUUCUGAAAUCUUC